UUCAAGUCUAUUUGUAUUAGAUAGCUUCAAAAAAAUAAAUAACUCCUGUGAAAAACAUAACAAUAGAAAACAAACAAAAAUGAACCAUGUGCCGAGUUCGGCACGCCUGCCCACGGAUCCCAGCAUUCUGAUGAACUGGGUGAAUGCCCUGAUUGAGAGCGACUUUCAUUCUCUGAAGGAUCUGCGCAGCGGUAUCGUCUGGUGUCGCCUGCUGGAGGCCCUAUUCCCGGUUCCAUUGACCUGACAGCCCCGAAAACCGACAGGUUGGGUUGGCUUCGGAACUACCGAUUGCUGAGGAGAACCCUGAGGAACUUGGGAACCGCCCAUUAAGGUGUCUGAAUUGGUCUCGGGGAAAGUAGGAGACACCAUUUACCUUCUGCACUUCUUCAUCAAUUUGUUCACUAUGAUUUUGGCUAAAAAAAUUAGACAGGUGAAGGCCAGAGAUAAAGCCUCGAGCACAAUAGAGACCGUUUUGCAGUGGUUCAAGAGCUUCUUUGUCAAGGAACGAGAGGAGCCAAAGAAGAAGUCCGCGGAUCAGCUCAAGGUGGAGUUUUAUCGCCAGGCCUUGCUGUUGCUAUUCGUACCGAUUCCGGAGGGUUAUAGGCCCGAUUCCUCUGAAGAAAGGGUGCGAGAUAUUGGAGGCAUAUCGGCAACAGAAGAACGUGGAUCACCUGAUCCUCCGAUCCUUGGUCCAAUCCUGCUUGCAGCUCCGGCGAGGCAGGCGACUGAUGGAGCGACUAUGGCUAGAGAGUCUCAAUGAGCAGUCCGCAAACUAGGUGUUUCAUCCACAGCCAUCCUCCACCAUCGCCUUCCACCUGCCACCUCUCGUUUUUUGCUUUUUCCUUCCGGCUGUCAGCUGUCCGACACUUAAUACACGUCUUAAUAAGGUUUCCCGUCCACAUCCAUUUGGUUCA